AUCAACACUACCCGCCUCUCAAGAUGGCCUAGGUUUACACUAACAAGUUCUGUAGACGCAAUUUCUUAGGGGCAAGUUAUUUAUUUUACAGUGUUUUGCUGAUAGAACUAACCUAGCACAAAUAUGGCUUAGAGGCAGAAAGUAUGACUUCACUGAUACUGUUUAAUUUGCUUGCCAAAGUGGUAUAAUCUGCACAGGCAUUUCUGUUGGUAGAGCUGUCUGUGCGAGGAGGCUGCUCCGGCAGUGUACAGCCGUGCUGGGAAACCUUUUAAGUGCAGAUAAGUCUCCAGAAGCUGAUGACACGCCCUGUCGUUUACCGAAGGCGCUACUGCAGUGUUUCUCUUCUGUGUGAUCCUUUGGAAUUCAUUUGUACUCCAGGAGGAGCAUUAUUAAGGGAUGGACUUCUUUUUUUUUUUUUCCUCUCUUUUUCUUUUCCCGCCACCCUGACUUAAAAUCACCAGCUUGCUCCGCGUUCAGCACCCUCCAAGGCGUUUCCAUUGUGGAAGCAUCCAAAAUACUGUCCCAGAAACAUGAAUGUAGAAGUGCAGGGUGUUGCUGUGGGAGCAGUUGCAGGAUACCUCGUCUCACCAGGGCUUUGCCUGUCACCUUCUCAGCACGAGCUACGCUUGAGGAAGAGGAGUUACUUUAACUGAAAUACAUUUAACUGGAGAAAACAUCACUGUCCAAACAGGACCAGCUCUAACCGCCUCUGAGAUCUGUUGGUGGCAAUGUCUCACUGGGCCGGUCUCCUCUCCACCGCUGCCAAAGUCAACCUGCUGGUCUUGGUGGUUUGUGCAGUGUUUUCGUGGUCAAGCCUAAGCGACAGAGUUCCCGAGUUUGCCCUUACAAAAAUAGAAGAGAGCGACACAGAAGAUGACAACGGGAAAGAGCUGAUAACAGAAGCUGAUGCUGAUCCUGAAGACCUGGAAGUGUUUUACCCCACACAUCAGUGGCAAACCAUCCGUCCAGGUCAAGCUGUUCCUGCAGGGUCACAUGUACGAUUAAAUCUGCAGACAGGAGAUAGAGAAGCCAAGCUCCCAGAUAGCGAAAUUGGAAAAAGUGACACGAGGGAAGAGAGAAGAAGAAAAAGGCUGGGCAAGGUGGACGUUGACUCAAAUUCAUUCACAUCCCAGGAGCUCAAAAAAGCGUUGGCUAAAAUGAAGGAAAGUGAGAAGGCAGAAAGAAAGGCCCACGAGGAAGAAGUGAGGAAGAAGUUCCGGCCCAUAGAGCAGCUGAAGGAAGAGUUUGAAAAGCUGAACAUGAAGAUGGAAACAGAUUAUGAAAUUAUGGUUAAAUUAAUCAGCAAAUUCAACAGCUCUGCAUCUACGCUGGAUGAAAAAGUCGCGGCACUUUAUGAUCUUGAAUAUUAUGUUCACCAGGUGGACAAUGCUAAGGACUUCCUCUCCAUGGGUGGACUCCAGCUGGUGAUCGAUGGGCUGAACAGCACCGAGGCCGUGCUGAAGGAGCACGCUGCCUUCGUCCUGGGAGCCGCGCUGUCCAGCAACCCCAAAGUCCAGAUAGAAGCAAUCGAGGCGGGCGCGCUGCAGAAGCUCCUGGUUAUUCUGGCUACGGAACAACCCUUGGCUGUCAAGAAGAAGGCUCUCUUCGCGCUGUCCUCCAUGCUGAGACACUUCCCCUAUGCCCAGCAGCAGUUCCUCAAGCUGGGUGGCCUCCAGGUCCUCAGGAGCCUCUUCAGGCAGAAGGGGAUGGAGACCCUCCACGUCCGUGUGGUGACGCUCCUCUACGACCUCAUCAUGGAGAAGAUGCUGCUUGAGGACUCACAGCACGGAGAUCAAAUGGAAGAGAAAAUCCAGCAGUACCGGCAAGUCAAGCUGGUCCCGGCAGUGGUGGAGCAGGACUGGUGCGUGGUUGUUUCUAACCUGCUGGCCAUGCCAGAGCACGACACUCGAGAGAAGGUCCUCAAGACGGUGGGUGUGCUGAUGGCCUUCUGCAAGGAGCGGUUCCAGGGGGACCAGGCCCUCAGCACCACCCUCAGCCUCCUUCGCAGUGAGUACGAGGAGCUGGCGGCAGAGGAGCAGAGGGAAGGUGACAAAGAUGGCUAUUUCAAGGAACUCCUUGGCUCUGUCAAUACCAUCAUUCAGCAAUUAAGGAAGCCUGAACCCCUGGAGCGAUGCCGUGGGGAAGCAGGGCCUCAGCCGGGGAGCGGAGCUGGCACACAGGGUACCAGAGCGUGGAUUUCUUCAGCCCUGCCUGGCCUCGUUGCUCUUUCACGGCUGGCGUUAACCAGGUAGGGAAGGUUUUACACCUAUGUAAGGGCUGAGCAGGGAGAAACCAGCGGUAGCAGCGACCCAGCCCUCCCUGUUCAACCCCCAAAGUCAAACCCCCUCUCCCUAGUCCUAAAAGUCUUAAAAGGGCAAAGGUCCUGAGCAGCACCUCGCUGGUGUGGGUGCUGGGUGACGGCUGCGCCGGCCCAAGCUCCUGGUGCCCUCAGGGUCAGGGCUUUGCUGCCCAGGGCCGCUGCCGGGUUGCUCCCAGCCAGCGAGGGCUGGCUCCAGGAGGGAAAACAGCCGGCAAUUCCUUCUGGCAUUUGCCGGCCCUAUUCCUCCUUGCUCUGUAGCAGCAAAGCUCCCGAGGCUGCAGCUGAGUUGCCCUUAUGCCCACUGGCAGCUUCCCUCGCUCUGGCAGUGAUGCAGCCAGGGCCGCACAUAAUAUUAAAAGGAAGCAAAAAAGAAAUUAAAAAAAAAAUAUAUAUAUAUCCUGGCCUUGCUUGUCCGAAGCCAUUUGGAAGCUUUGCUGAAGGCAGUGGGGGUGCAAAGGCUUUCUGAGGCCUGUGACACCUGAUGCUCAGUGACCUUUGCAGCCAGCAGCUGUGUCCAAACCCUGCAUCCUCCCUUCCCAAAGGGCUCCAGGCUCUGUGCCGGAGCCGGGU